AUAGAACUAAUAGUAUUAAAAAAAUAUAUACGAUGAAUUUCAUAAAAACAUAUGUAUCUAUUUUCCUUGUAUUGGUAUUGACAAUUUCGUUUUCUAACUACAUCAUUUUGGCUAAACCAGCAAUGAGGAUAACUGAUUAUAAAUGCAUCGAACCAUGUGCAACAUUUUAUGGAAACAGAAAAUGUUAUAAUGAUUGCAUAAGUCAUCACUAUGAUGGAGGACAGUGCGACGGUACCGAAGGUGGAAAGCCACCGCAAUGUUGUUGUUAUAAUUAUACAGAUAACAUGUCUCCUUAUAACUAAAGAUUUGGAUAAAAGUAUUUUUAUUCGAUCAUAUUUUAAAAAAAAAGUUACGUAUUAUUUAUUCUUUCACAACUUUCGAUAGUGAAUUUAAUCUAAUAAAAGUAAUAUUUUUAUACUAG